AUGCUAGGUGAUUUCAACGAGAUUCUAAACAACUCUGAAAAGAUUGGAGGUCCUAGGAGGAAUGAUUCUACAUUUCAAGAUUUUUCGGAAAUGCUUCAGAUUUGUGGUAUGAUGGAACUUCCUAGCACAGGUAACAGCUUCACUUGGAGUGGUAGAAGAGGUAACCUGUGGAUUCAAAGCAAGCUAGAUAGAGCAUUUGGAAACAAGGAUUGGUUCUCACAAUUCUCUGCGGCAAACCAAGCUUUCUUACCCAAACGUGGCUCUGACCAUCGUCCGGUUUUGGUUAAACUAAUAUCUUCUCAAGAACCUUACAAGGGGUCUUUUAGAUUUGACAAAAGGAUGCUGCACAAGCCUUUCGUUCGAGAAGCUAUUAACAACGCCUGGAAUUCGAACUUGCAAAGAUGGAUUUCCUUAGUCCGAGCUUAUAAAGACGAGGAAAAUUUUUGGAAACAGAAAAAUAAAGAUGUGUGGAUUCUUCAUGGAGAUAGUAAUACAAAAGUCUUUCAUGAGGCUAUUAAAGCUUCAAGAUCAAGGAAUGAAAUUGGGAAACUGCUUGAUAAAAAUGGAUUUUAUCAACGGUCAGAAGCUUCGAAGGGUCAGGUAGCUAUCCAAUAUUUUUUGGAUCUUUUCAAGUCUACAAACUCGGAGAAUUACACUAAGUUUUUCCAUGAUUUUCCGAAGAAAGUAACAUCAGUUAUGAACCAUCAUUUAACGAUGAAAGUUUCAGCCGAAGAAGUUAAGGAUGCUGUUUUUUCUAUUAAACCAGCAGAUAGUGCUCCGGGAGCAGAUGGAAUGUCUGGUCAUUUUUUUCAAAGCUACUGGGAUAUUGUAGGCGACCAGUUUACUACAGAAGUUCUUGGUUUUUUUGAGACAGGGGUCUUGCCUGCUGAAUGGAACUACACGCAGAUCUGUCUAAUCCCUAAGAUAGUUAAUGCUACUUCUAUGUCAGAUUUGAGGCCUAUCAGUUUAUGCACGGUUAUGUACAAGACGGUGUCGAAAAUCUUGGCAUCAAGAAUUCAGAGAUUUCUCCCCGACAUAGUGUCUUCUACUCAGUCAGCUUUUGUGAAGGAUCGUCUCAUUUCAGACAAUAUUAUUUUGGCGCAUGAAGCAAUCCACAGCCUCAGAACGCAUGAUACUGUAUCAAGAACUUAUAUGGCUGCUAAAACGGAUAUGUCGAAAGCCUUUGACAGAGUAGAAUUGACAUAUUUACAAGCUCUUCUUAGAGCUCUUGGGUUUGCGGAAGUUUGGGUUAAAUGGAUUAUGUCUUGCGUCUCCUCGGUCAAAUAUUCUGUCCUCAUCAAUGGCCAAGCUCACGGUUUCAUCGUGCCUCAAAGGGGUCUUAGGCAAGAUAUACUUUGUAAGUACAGUAAAGCAACAGGACAGGUCAUCAACUUGGAGAAAUCUUCCUUAACCUUUGGAAAAAACAUCAGUUUGGAUGUAAGGAAGCAGAUUCAGCUUAAGCUUGGCAUUUUUUCGGAAGGUGGAGUUGGAAAAUACUUAGGCGUGCCGGAGUGUUUCAGUGGUUCAAAAAUUGAAAUGCUAGCCUAUAUCCAAGAAAAAAUGAAAGGGAGAAUGUCUUGCUGGUAUACAAGGUUCCUUUCUCAAGCUGGUAAGGAGAUUAUUCUAAAAUCAGUUGCUUUGGCCAUGCCUAUAUAUGCUAUGAGUUGCUUCAGGUUGCCAAAAACAACUUGUAGAAACCUCACAUCUGCUAUGGCUGCUUUUUGGUGGAGAUCAUCAGAGGACAAAGGCAAAAUCCACUGGUUAAGUUGA